AUGCCUGAAGCGGCGGUGCCUAUGACGACUACUGUCGUAGCCGCGUGCUCGACCUCGACACUAUCUCCCGGAGUGGGUGGGCAGGGCGACAGCGAUAACGAGGUGGAGGAGGAGAUGACAACCCUCACGGUCCCGUGUACCCAGUCCAUUUCGGCCUUGGAGGACGCUGUCUCGAGCUGGUCUGCAUCUUCUUCUGUCUCUGCACAGAUCGGCGCGGGUGCACACGCAUACGCAUACGCAAACGCAAACGCAGAAGCUACAGCCACAGCCACAGCCAUAGCUCCUGCCAACGCUGACACUAAUGCGCACCCGCACAGCUACGUCUCGUAUAGCUUCCCCAUCUCGUUUCCCAUGGCCACGACCACGACCACAACCCCAGUCGCCGAGACGGAUAUCGUGACCGAGAACCUCGUCCUCGCCACCACCGCAAAGUUCAAUUUCUCCCUGCUUCUGAAGAACGUCACCGUGAGUCCGAUACCUUUACCUUUGCCGGUGCCGGUGCCAGCGCCGUCGUCAGCUGCGUCGAACGCGUCGAGUGUAUCUGGGGCGGCGGUGGAAGUUCAUCAGCCUUCUUCUCUUUCGCCGAAAAGAUGGUCUAGGGCGUGGUCAUUGGUUCUGUUCUCCGUCGUCGUCAUCACCAUCGGGCUGACUUUUUAG